AUGGUGUCUGAGAAAGAAGAUGAAGAGGAGACGAGCAAGGAGGCUCCCUCAAGCCUCAGUGAGACUGGACUGGAACAACUCAAGAAGUUGAUGAGGGAUGAGUUUGACCGGAGAGAGCAAAUCAAGGCAGGGAAGCGCAAAGAGCCAAGAGAUCCGAUCCAUAUAUCUGAAGAGGAGCGGAGAGAUGACCCUAUGGCCUCAAGAAGGAUGGCCGAUGAGCAAGCCAAUGCUUACUACAACAGUGGCCAUUCCUCUCAAGGCAAUCCGGAUUCCCCUUUCCAUGGCAACAACAAUCCUGAUGAGUACAUGGACUGGGAGAAGAAGUGUGAGUUCAACUUCAACUUACACAACAUAUCCAACAUCAACAGAGUCAAACUGGCGGUCUCUGAGUUCAAUGACUAUGCCCUAAGGUGGUGGGAACAAGUCGUGACCGCAAGAGAGAUUGGUGGAGCUCUUGAAGUCUCUACCUGGGAAGAGAUGAAAAGGAUCAUGAGGCAGAGGUUCAUUCCUAGCUAUUAUCAGAGAGAGCUACAUUCUAAGCUCAGGAGGCUCACUCAAGGAUCCAAAACUGUUGAGGAAUACUUCCAGGAGAUGGAGGUAUGA